UUUCCUUUGUAGAGAUGCCUUGUAUUUAUUGAUAAGGAGGAUUCUGAUGUGGAAGAGCAGAGUGUAGCGUAUUGUAUUGAAUCACCAUGAGCAUUUGCAAUUCUUCUGAGGUUAUUCACAGGCAUUUUUUUGGUUCUAAUGGGUUUGGCUAUGAAUUAUGUAUAGCAAUGGGACUUGUGAUGCUCAUGCUUGUGCUCCUCGUUGCAUUUUUGAGGUGCACCAAGGAGCCGCCAAAUGCACACGCAACGACAAUUAGGGAUAAUGGCGAGGAGUCUUCCUCAAGAGAAGAUGGGCUUGAAGCUGUGAGAGAUUCACAUUCCACAAUAGUAUACGAUAGCAAACAUGCAGCUCUGGCUCAACUGGAGGACAGGAGUUGCUCAAUAUGCCUGGAUGAUUACAGAGAUUGGGAGAUUCUACGGAUUUUAAUGGACUGUAAGCAUGUAUACCAUGUUGAUUGCAUAGAUGCAUGGCUUAUGCGCAGUGCUAGCUGUCCCAUUUGCAGAAAUUGUCUACAGUGUCUAUGAGUGGGAAUUAAUUAGUUCUUCAUGUUUUUUAUUGAUGCAAAUGUUUGAAAACCAGAGGCGAUACAGUAUAAAAUUGUGAUAUGGUAUGCAUAGUUUUGAUACUUUUUAGAGUAUAUUUUGGUAUAUUUGAUGGAGGAUUUUUCAUCUUCAAAGUCAUUUUAUCUAUUCGAUAUGGGAACAUGAGAUUUAGGCUGCACCUCUUCGGCUAAGAGCCAAAGACUAAGGGGUAUCCAUUCUGCCAAAUUCGCCCAGAGCAUGAUCCCGACCUCAUCCCUUUUUGAUGUUGGAGUCUUGGAAUUAGCAAUACUUGAUCCCUAGUGGACUCAUUAAGAACCUUUCAACUUGACUA